AUGUACGGACGUCCAGAUGACGUACCAGACAUGUUCCGAGAACGUUCAGUAGAUGUCAUUUGUACGUACAAUGUACCGCCCUUAGACGUCCUCUGUACGUCCUUAGUACAUCCUUUGUACAUCUUUAGAACGCCGUCGUAUGUCGUUGAAUUAUUAUUCUAUGAGGAAGAACAUGAAAAUUCAUAUAACAAGGAAUUCGAAAAUGUUAUAAUGUUUCUAAGCAAACCUUCUAUUAAAAGGCCCAUAAAACGACUGCAAGGAUAUGUAGAAAACGUCAUACCAUGUUAUAAUGAUGAACAAUUUAAAUCACAUUUCAGAAUGAAACGAGCAACAUUUAAUUACAUUUUACAAAUUAUAAAACCUACAUUAUUAAGAUCAAGAUCUGGACGUAAAACAAUAUCACCUGAAAAACAAUUUUUUAUCGCUAUAUGGAAAAUGGCUACUCCAGAUUCAUAUCGAUCCAUUUGUGAGAAAUUUAAUGUUGCAAGAGCCACUGCGUUAAAUGCUGUAAGAAAAGUGACAAAAGCAUUAGUUAAAUUAGCUCCUCGUUUUAUUACAUGGCCGGAAGGUCAUAGAGCAGAAGAAAUUAUGAGGGGAUUUGCUGCAACUAGCGCUUUUCCUAGAGUAAUAGGAGCAAUCGACGGCACACAUAUAAAUAUAAAAGUACCACAUGUCAAUCCUGAAUGUUACGUUAAUAGAAAAAAUCAUCAUAGUAUACAUUUACAGGCUGUUAGUGAUCAUACGGGCCAAUUUAUUCACUGUCUUGCUGGACAUGUUGGUUCUGUACAUGACCAAAGAGUGUUUCGUUUAUCUGAAAUUAAUAAUUACUUAGAAGACGCAGAAAAAUUUCCUAAUGAUAGCCAUAUAUUGGGCGAUGCAGCAUACACAAUACAUGAACACUUAAUGACACCAUUUCGUGAUAACGGACAUCUCACAGUUAGACAAAAGAAUUAUAAUUUUUGCCAUUCAUCUGCCAGAAUUUCGAUUGAACGAGCAUUCGGAUUGUUAAAAGGAAGAUUUCGAAGUUUGCUAUCACUUCUUGAUAUGGAACGGGUCGACUUAAUUCCAGAGUUUAUUAUUUUAUGUUGUGUUCUGCACAAUAUCUGUUUCCUGCAAAAUGAUGACUUCCCUAUUAUAGAACCAGAUAUUUUAGAAGCUGACAAUAAUAAACAAUUAAUUUAUCAAAGAAGAAGUAACAAUGCAGGCUACAUAAAACGAGAUCUAAUUUGUGAUAAUUUAAUAAUACGAAAUGCGUAA